CCAUUGGAACUGGCAGCAAAGCUCGCCGAGUACGAGUAGAAAGGCCAGUCUCCACUCCCCUCUCCACUUCUCCAGGCCUCUCAGAUUCUCACGAACUCACAGUAGCACUUAUCUCUCCACAGGGAGGAAGGAGAAGCUAGCUAGCCGCCAUGGUGGCCCUCGCUGACUCAGCAGCGGCUAGGAAGCUCCUCCUGCAUGGCGCCGCCACCGACGCCGCCGCCGUCGGCAUGAGCUUCGGCCUCGACGGCCUGUGGCAGCUCAUCGCCGGACUCUUCUCCGGCCUCGUCCACCUCCUCCUCCUCCCGUUCCAGGCCAUCGCCCACGGCUUCCAGGCCCUGGGCCACGCCAUCCAGGCGCUCUUCGCUGGGCUCGGGACCGUGGCGCACCUGCUCGUCCAGGCGGCCGUCGCCGGCAUUGGCCAUGGAUUCGACGGCAUGUGGCAUGCCAUACAGGGCUUCUUCGCCAGCAUCGUCGCCGCGCUCGCCGGCGCGGCCCAUGGGCUCGUCCUGCCGUUCGAGGCGUUCUGGCGGUGGCUGCAGACGGCGGCGGGCGGCACCGGCUCUGGUUUCCAAGGAUUGUGGCAGAACGUGUUGGCCUUCUUCGCCACGCUCGCCGGCGCCGCUCACGACCUCGUCCACCCGUUCGAGGCGUUCUGGAAGUGGCUCAGGACCGCGGCCGCCGACGCCGCCGCCGACAUCAGCUUCAGGCUCGACGGCCUGUGGCCCCUCGUCAAGCGCCUCUACGCCAGCCUCCUCGCCACGCUCGCGAGCGCCGCCCACGGGCUCGUCCCGCUCCUCGAGUCGCUCUGGCGGGGGCUCCGCGCCGCGGCCGCCGCGGCGCUCCCCUACGUGCUAGUGAUCGCCGCCGUCCUAUGCGUCGUCGCGCUUGUCUGGCUCGCCUGGCCGUUCCUGUUCCCCGCCGCGGCGGUGAUCGGGCUGGCGCUCGUCGGCGUCGCGGGCUGCUGCGCGUUCUUACUGCUCGCCGCCGCCGUCCUGAUCGGGCGGGCGCUCGUCUACGCCGUCUGCUUCGGCGUUGUCCUCUUAUUCGUCGCCGCCAAGGUGGUCGGCAAGGUGCUCGACCGGGUCCUCCCCGCCUGCGCGCGGUGCUGCUACGACGACCGCGUCACCACCACCGCCACCACCAUGAGCGCUCCGGACGCCGCCGGCAUGGACAUCUCGCGAGCAGCGUACGAGUCACUCCCGGAGCUCUACGCCCAGAUACUGCGCUCCGCCGGCCCCGUCGUGGCCGCAGCCGUCUUCUGCUCGCAUCCCGUCGCGUGGGCGUGCGCGGCGCCGGUCGCCGCCCUCUUCCUCUUCCGCGCCCUGGAUAAACGCCUCCCUCCAAGCGAACCCUGCGUCCUCCCUGCGGCUGCAUACCCUGACACUGUCACUGACGUGUCGGACUCACGUUCCAUUGGCCAGCAUGUCAGCGAAGAUGAUGACAUGUCCGACUCAUGUUCCAUAGUAGACCCAUACCACGGCGAGCACGUCAUUCUGACUAUACGCCAGAGGAUUCACCUGCGUAUACAUGUCGUAAAUAAUGUCUGUCCCGUGUGUGCGCUAGCUUAACGAUGGUUAAUGUAAACCGGUGCUAUCGAUCAGGUGAUCAAUGUUGGUUUGUUGGCAUGUUUGGUUGUCUCGGAUUACCACAACUCAACUUGUCUUGUCAUAAUGUUAAAAAAAAUGGACUAAGUGUAGAAUAUACGGAGAACCCUACAUUUAUGGGGAGCGGAUUCUAAUCCCUCGAGGAGAUAUCCCCCCGUAUAUCUUUUUCUUUCAAAUUUAAUGCAAAUAGUUGGAAAAAUUCUAAAAAAAA